AUGUGGGCGUGGGUGGGGCGGCUAGGCCUUCGGGUUCCUUUGAGCGGUUGGCGGGGUUUGACUUCGAAGGCAGGGCCUCAGGGAAGUGGUCAGAUCACGGCCGAGGUGAUAGAACACCUGGAGCAUCUGGCGCUUGUGAACUUUGGCAGCCGCGAGGCCGUGGAACGGCUGGAAAAAGCCAUCGCCUUUGCCGACCGGCUCCGUGACGUGGACACAGACGGCGUGGAGCCCAUGGAGUCAGUCCUGGAGGACAGGUGCCUCUACCUGAGAUCUGAUGAUGUGAUAGAAGGCAACUGUGCUGAAAAAGUGCUACAGAACUCUCAUCGGGUUAUGGAGGAGUAUUUUGUGGCCCCUCCAGGUAAUAUCUCUUUGGCAAAGGUGGAUGAAUGCGAGCCCACCCCAUGUGACUGA